GAGAGAGAGUCUGAGGAGCGCAUAAACGCAGGCAGAGCGAAGCCGUGAUUGGGAAAUAAAUAAAGACGUCCUCAUAAUGUAGAGUGAUCAUUCCUGGUUACAAACAAAAAUCGACAGUGAGGCAUACAACUUGCCUCUCUUCAAAAAGUUUCAGUCGCCUCGGUUUAUUCAUUUGUGCUUUCGGGGCUGUAAGCACGAAGUUGUGAGACUUGCGCUGGACUAUCUGCCUUGUGUUACGAAAACAACCUGUCAAAGUUAACAGCUCGGAAUAAAAAGGGCAACACAUUUGAAAACGUUUUCAAGUCUUUCGCUAGAUCUCUAAGUUAGGUAUGUCUGUAGAACAUAGUUCAACUCUGGACAGGUAACCGGGUGUGUCACCGUGGCCAUGGCAACACAGAUGCUGCCAUUGUUGCCUGCCUUUUUUUCUGUCUUCCUCAUUUCCUGGACAGUGGGCCAGGACACGGAUUGGCAUUUUGACACGGUGAAAUGUCGCUACGCUCUGGGCAUGGAGGAUGGCACCAUACCCGACUCUGACAUCACCGCAUCCAGCGCCUGGUCCGACUCCACCGAAGCCAAGCACGGCAGGUUGAGUACUGGAGAAGGGGAUGGGGCGUGGUGUCCAGCCGCUCCUGUGUUCCCCAGUGCUUCUGAGUACCUGCAGGUAAAUCUACACACACUGCAUUUCCUGUCCCUGGUAGGGACGCAGGGUCGACACGCAGACGGCCUUGGGCGGGAGUUUGCACGCGGUUACCGGCUUCGUUACUCGCGGGACGGACGAAACUGGAUAACUUGGAAGGAUCGCUGGGGGCAGGAGGUGGUGUCGGGCAAUGAGAAUACGUAUGAUGUGGUUCUGAAAGACUUGGGUCCUCCCAUUAUAGCACGCAUGGUGCGGUUCUACCCGCUUGCGGACCGCGUGAUGAGCGUAUGUUUAAGAGUUGAACUCUACGGUUGUCUCUGGAAAGAUGGACUGAAUGCUUACACCGCUCCUAUGGGUCACGUGAUGCAGCUGUCUGGCUCACCCGUCUACCUGAACGACUCUGUUUAUGAUGGCAGUAAAGAAGAAGGGAUGUUGUUUGGAGGAUUAGGCCAGCUGUGUGAUGGCGUUUUAGGUGGGAAUGAUUUCAUGGAGACUAAAGAGUUGCGAGUGUGGCCAGGAUAUGAUUAUGUGGGCUGGAAUCAAGAAGCGCUCGGACAGCCAACUGUUGACAUUGAAUUUCACUUUGAGAAAACACGGGUCUUUCACACUAUGCAGGUGCACAGCAAUAAUAGACACACUCAGAAUGUGCGGGUGUUCAGCGGGGUGGUGUGUGAGUUUAAGCCUAGUCUGUUGAGCCCGUGGGCGGAGCCUCCGCUCAGCCUUCAGGUGCCACUGUCCGACCUGCACGACCCCUCGUCCCGCAUCAUCUCACUGCCUCUCGGAGGACGGCCGGCUCAAAUUCUCCGCUGUCGCUUUGCUUUCAGUGAUCGUUGGCUACUCAUUAGUGAAAUCAGCUUCUUCUCUGUGCCCUUUGAGGACGGUUCUAUCCCUCUUCUUCCUCUUCCUUCAUCCACCACACCUCCUAUCAAUGUCACCCAUCUGGACACCCACAGCACGGCAAACAUCACCAGCAGCUCUAUCGAAGACCUCAUGAACACUUCCCUUGUGCUGCCCAGCAGCAUGUCAACAGUCAUCACUCCAAGGGCGGGGCUACCUGUGGCCAAAGACGACAGCAGCAACACCGCCAUCCUGAUUGGUUGCCUGGUUGGAAUUAUUCUGCUUCUAUUAGCUGUCAUAGCUGUCAUACUGUGGAGGCAAUACUGGAAGAAGCUACUCGGAAAGGCACAGGGCAGUCUCUCCAGCGAUGAGCUACGCGUUCACCUUUCAGUUCCGUCGGACAACGUGGUGAUCAACAACACCAACACGCAUACCUACUCCAGUCGCUACCAGCGCAUACACACUUACCCUGAUGACAGAGAGCGAGAGGGCGAAUACCAGGAGCCCAGCACUGUACUGCGGUCCCGAGAGCAGUGUGACAGCACAGCACUGCUGUUAAACAACCCAGCCUAUCAUCUUCUCCUGUCUGACCUGACACAUGGUCCCAACAGGCUGACAAACUGCCACAGCCAGCAAGAAAAGCCCCAAAACCUGUCCCAGGCCUGUGCUAUUGAUAUGGUUGAUAAAGGCCUGCCCAUUCAGGAGGGCCCGCCUCCUUAUCCUGGAGCCCCGCCCCCUUGUCUAUCAGGGCUUCAUUAUGGAGAAGCCUCGGGGAGUGUUCCUCAUUAUGCCGAGGCUGACAUCAUCAGUCUACAAGGAGUUAGUGGGAACAACACAUAUGCAGUCCCAGCUCUCUCAGCCACACCCACUGACUGCCCGCCGUUACCUGAGCUAGCACGGGAACGACUUAUAUUCAAAGAAAAGUUGGGAGAGGGCCAGUUUGGCGAGGUUCACUUGUGUGAGAUUGAAAACCCACAGGACCUUACAAAUCUGGAGUUCCCAUUUAAUGUCAGGAAAGGUCGCCCUCUGCUGGUGGCUGUUAAGAUUUUAAGGCCAGAUGCAUCUAAAAAUGCCAGGAACGACUUUCUAAAAGAGGUGAAGAUUUUAUCUCGCCUGAAGGAUCCAAAUAUCAUCCGUCUGCUCGGUGUGUGCGUGAGCAGUGAUCCACUCUGUAUGGUCACGGAGUACAUGGAGAGCGGAGACCUCAAUCAGUACCUAUCCCACAGAGCAUUGCUGGACAAGACCGGACCCUUACAUAACACGCCGACCAUCAGCUACCCAGCUUUGAUCUCCAUGGCAAGUCAGAUCGCAUCCGGGAUGAAGUUCCUGGCAUCACUGAACUUCGUGCACCGGGACCUGGCCACACGAAACUGCUUGGUGGGCGGAGAGCGGGGCGAGGUGGAGGACGGAAACGGGGAGCGUCAAAUAAAGAUAGCAGACUUCGGCAUGAGCCGGAACCUCUAUGCUGGCGAUUACUACAGGAUACAGGGCAGAGCUGUGCUGCCGAUUCGCUGGAUGGCAUGGGAGUGCAUUCUUAUGGGGAAGUUCACUACAGCGAGUGACGUUUGGGCAUUUGGCGUGACGCUAUGGGAGAUGCUAAGCGUGUGUCAGGAGCAGCCGUACAGUCACAUGACCGAUGAGCAGGUCAUUGACAACGCCGGGGAGUUCUUCAGAGACCAGGGGAGACAGGUGUACCUGGCUCGCCCAGCCGUGUGCCCGCAAGGUUUAUACGAGCUGAUGCUUAGCUGCUGGAACAGAGACUGUAAACUACGCCCUUCUUUUGCGUACAUUCACUCCUUUCUCACUGAAGACGCCAUGAACAUGGUUUAAAAAAAAGCGAGGGGGCGGAGACCGGACACAGGGGGUGGAUGAAAGAAUGUGUGUAUGGACCACAGACUGGUGGUGUGUUUUUUACACAAACACAUCUAAGCACUCUUAUGUAAAUUAGUUUAUUUUAUGUUCGUGGGUUGGGGCGAACAAAACCGCAGGUUCGGUGCCCAUAAAUGACCCGUUUUUCACCCCUUCAUCCUUAGAUUCUCAAAUCUUAAGGCAACAUUUUAUCCCGUUUAAAUGCUGUUCCCCCACUGUUACUUAUUUCAUUGUCAUUCCACAGUAUUUGGUUUCACAGAGCUUAGAUUUCCCAGAAUGCACAACAGUAAUAGCCAGGUGACUCUUUUCUAUUUAAGUAUAAAUAAUUGAAAACUGUCUGGAAAUGUUUCAUUUGAUUCCCGUAGUGAAGUUAAGGUCUGUUAUGUUUUGAGAGGACUAGUUACAAGACUAAAGCCUGGUACACACCAAGCCGACUGUCAGCGUUCGGGCAGGUUUUCAGCAUCUGAGUUAGUUUUCCAGAUAAAGUAAGGCAACGUCAUCUUCUUUUUGGCUGAUUCACCAUGCCGUAAUUGGCGGUGGUUCGUCUGCGAGUCGAAUCAUUCUGAUUGGCUGUUUGGCAUAGCCAACAAGUGCACAAGAAGAAAAAUGGAAGUGAUGAAGUCAACACACAGAACAUUUUUUUCAUCUUUCAUUCCUUUACAUGCAUAUUUAAAAAGACGUGGCUUAUAAGACAUGACGGAUAUGUAGUGUACUUUCUUCAUUCAUUAUUUGUCAUGUGACAUUUCUGCUGUAGUUUAAGGGGCCCAUCCACAUUUCGGGUCUAAAGCCGUGCGGAAAACGUGACCGUGGUGCUUUCCUCUUUUCCAACACGCUUUCCGAUGCGGGAUUCUAUCAAGUUGAAGUAUUUUUAACUGGCUGUGGCAACGAUGUGCCUGGAAAAAGUCUACAUUUAAAAAAUUUUUUAUUUGUGUCAAUUAUUUAAUUUGUUAAUUUUGUGUAGCGCAACUAAACCGGGUGGUGAGCUGUGGGUAAUAUCAGCCAUUGUUGAAUGUCCAUGGAUCUCUACACUUCGAAUUUUUACCUAAAACAGUAGACCAACCCGGAACUUUAUGGAUACUCAUUUUUAACAUACUAUUAUUUGGGAAAUACUAAUUUUAAUUUCAAAUAAUAUUUAGGAUGGAUAUUAUGCAACUUGGGACACAGGGUAGCUUUUUCGGUUUCCGUUUUGGGUAAUAAACACUAAUUACUGCCACCUACUGGUACCGAAAAGUAUCUCAUCACACGCAAGCACAGAAUGGAUGUGAUAGUUGGCCACAGUCUGUUUGGUGUGUCAGGGCAACUUUGGACCCACGACCCAGACGUAGCCAGCACGUGGGCAAUGUGAGCCGACCUCAGAGUCUGCGCUGCUUUGUUGGUGUCAGUUUGGUGUGUCCUUACCCUAAGGGCGAUAAAUAUUGAAUUGAUUUUGGGAUAAAAUGUUGCUCGGCAUCUGAACCUUAAAUUCUGAUCCUCUAACCCAGCUAAUUAAACUGUUUUUCAUUCCCUGAACACUGAAACGAUUUCUACAAAUAAUCCUAGUAACUGGUGGAGGGUUUUGUAGGUAUAGGUGACAGGCAGCACAAAAGUAGCUCUAGAAACUGUUUUUCUAUGGGCAAAAUUUUCACAUUUUGCAUAUACAUGCUACAAAAGAGUAACAGAAAUUGUGUGUUUUUCUUUUCUACUUGCAUAGUGAAUAAUAGUAAAUAACAUUUACAAUUUACUUGAUGCCUCAUCUAACAGUAAAUUGAAAUUCAGUCUAACUUUGCUACCAUUGUGGUCAUGUAGAGAAUUUUAAGAUGUAUUAGCCAGUUUUUAUGGCUUUUCUGUGGUGGAGGGUUAUUUGCAUACUGGAAAAAAAACAGAAAUGCUCAUUUAUCAUUCUACAUUUACAUAAUGUGGGAUGUUUUAAAAUCAACAAUAUAUUUGAACUAUUCUAGGAAUAAAAUCCCUUACAAACAUGCCCUAGCCACAAGCGACAAGCAAUACAAGUUUACAUUCAAAUCUUGGCUGUUAACCCUACAACAAUAGACCAGCAAUUGAACAUUUCUGUGAUGUUGUGCUAGGUUGCUCCGUCUACUGUGAAAUCUUCUGGUGGGCAAAACUGUAGAUUUAAACAUCAUCAAAUGUGGCUGUGUUGUGUACAGUGUGGAGAGUUACAUUGCUUGUGGCUGAAAGCGUUUCAUUAGGGCACAGUGUUACGGGGCAUCAUAACCAUUCUGAGUAAAUACAGAGAAACUGAAGCACAAAAAAAGGGAAACCUGUGUAAUUCUGUCUGAAAAUAUGUCUGAUAUUUGAAACACAUCUCAAUACAAGCCUUGAAGAUAGAUAUUUGUGGCUCCACCCCUGUCUGUCAGCACACAUAAUCUAGGUCAACUAACACUCCUCCAUUGACUGUAAAUGUGAGUUGUUGUGUAGUCACUUGAUAGUACAAGAAAUGACUUGAACUAAACUUUCUGUGUUGAUUCUGAACUUGUGGGAACUAGUUCAUCAGUUAAUCUGGGUUCAACUAGACUUUUGCAGUUCGUGUGUGUCAAUGCCAGAUAUAAUAAUGGAUGCAUUGUAAUGUAGAUCUAAUGCACUUGCAUUUUGAAGGGAUUCGGUAUGAGUCACGGCUUAUAAGAUAUAUGUAUGUAGAGAGAGAGAGAGAGAGAGAGAGAGAGAGAGAGAGAGAGAGAGAUUAAUAAACAUGGAAACCAACAGAAUAGAAAUGUAUAUGAUACUGAUAAGUGUUACCAAUGUUAUAACAUUGACUUACUAUGUAAAUUCAUUGGGCACAUGCAGAGAGACUGGUGAUGCUUGGGUGCACAUCUUAAAGUAUGUAAUUUAUGAAACUGGCUUAUUGGUUUUGGCCAGCAUAAUGAGUUAUUGAGGGUGUCGUGUGCCUGUGUAAAUAUUGUCCAUGCACUUUUAAACCCAAAGUUUGUUUCUUUGACAUAAUGCAAAGAGCUCUUAAAGGGAUAGUUCACCCAUAAAUGAAAAACGACCCUUGUGUCGUUCUUAACCUGUAUGCGUUUCUUUGGUCUGCUGAACUCCAAUGAAGAUUUUGUUUUGGAGCACCAUUGACUUCCAUAGUUUUUUUUAAACCUAUUAUGGAAGGCAAUGGUGCUUAAAAUCAUGUAUACAGGUGUGAAUACAUGAUGACAGAAUUUUCAUUUUUGUGUGAGCUAUCCCUUUAAGACUCAGUGGUGCUGUACCUUUAAUACAACUCAUUACAGAGACUGGUGUGUGAACUGUCUUACAUUUAAAAGUAAGGGGAUGUGGGUAGGAGGGGUGGAGAGCUACAAAGCCACACAAGUUACCCCUAUAUAUAUAUACUGUAAUAUACUCAAGAAAAAUGUGAUUCAUAAAUGGUUAUGUUGCUAUGCCGACUAUGCUUAUUGAAUGACAUUGAACCUUCUUUGGUACACUGAAGCCCUAAACUAAACUUUAUAUUUUUAUAAACACAGUAUUGGGCAUGUUCUGUCCUCGGUUAUGUCGCCUAUUCAUGUUUCAUAAAAAAUGUAAAUAAUUCAUAGGACAUAAUUUUCUUUAUUAAUAUUUGCUAUCUGUUAUUAAUCGGGGUUUGUCUGUCUCUGUGUUAGACUUUCUGCUUGUGUUAGUCGAUGCCUGUCUUGUCUAUUUUUGUAGGUGUUUUAAUAAAUCUUUUCAAAUAAAA